AAAAGAAGGCAGCUUUUUUAACAUUUACAGCAAGAUUUUAAAAAUUGGGGAAGAUUGGGGUUCGCAUCCACUUUGGGGUUCUGACUUGACACCGUCGUCGCCUCUUUUGGCCCUUCAUCAUUUCUUGUGCCCGAAAAAAGUGCUUAUAAGAGCUUCAGAGGACUGUGUGCUGGUUGAUAACUUUCCUUGACAGGAUUGGUGGCUCGCUGCAGUUAGUUGUUGGAGGGUCUUCUCAAUUGUUGCUUCUCAUCAGCAAAUCCAAGGUUUGUUGUAUCUCUCAUAGAUUUUUGUCGGUGGAAGUGAAGGUUCAAAGCUCAAAGUCAUAAUAAGAAGGCGUUUCUUUCGCACCGAUUUUAAAAGAUGGAGUCGGAAGGCGGCGACAACGGCGUGGAAGCCCCGUUGAUCACUACCGAUGGCACCCCGAAUGAUGAUGGUGGUGAGACUGAGGCACCCAAGAAGAAGGACAGAGGAGUGUUCGAGCGUAAUCUGAGCCGUGCCAGUGUCAAGGCGUACGUUCAGACAUUGUCACCCUUUACUAUUACCUUUCAAGAUUUGAGUGUCUAUGUCCCUCGCGAAAAGGGGUUUUGCCCUGGCUUGACUUCAUGUCCCUGUUUGCACCAACCACUCAGUUACUAUGCCAUGGAAACCUUUGGUUGGGCCGUCUCCAAGGUAUCUCCGUACUAUGCCCUCCAAGAAGCCACUGGCUUUGUGCGAAGUGGCGAAAUGGUCUUGGUGCUCUCACCCGAUACACAGUACGCAUCGGCGUUAAUUCAAACCUUGACGGGACGUCUCAGUGACAAGUACAGUGUCACUGGCAGUAUCCGCGUCAAUGGGACUGCUAUUCCGACGUCUGUUCUACAAGGAUGGAGACGUAUUGCGGCUCAUGUCUCGGCCGAUGAUUCUACCCAUUCUCCCGUGUUGACGGUGCGAGAGACGUUGAGGUUUGCCGCCGAAUGCACGCGACCCGCCGAUGAAACCGCCCAGAAAAUUGAUGAUGUUGUCGAUGAAGUCUUGGAAAUUCUGGAUCUUACCAGUGCCGCCGAUACCGUCGUGGGAGAUGAAAACCUUCGCGGUAUCAGUGGUGGGCAAAAGAGACGGGUGACUGUGGGUGAAAUGUUGGUUGCCAACGGAACUAGAUUCUUGGGAUUGGAAAACAUCACCGAUGGACUCUCCUCCCAAGAUUCCUUCAACAUUGUCGAGGAACUCAAGGGUGCUUGUCGAUCCUUCCAAUCCGCCGCAGUCAUUUCGCUCAAUCAGCCAUCAGACGAAAUUGUGGAGCUGUUUGACAACCUACUUGUCCUCAAUCAUGCCGGAGAGUUGACAUACUUUGGGCCCCCCACGGAUCGAGAGACCUUGCAGCAAAUCUUCAGCAGCAACGAUACGGAUGGUGGUGCUGCUGCUGAUGCGGGUGGCAUGAGCAUUUGCGACGUGUGCUUGAAUCCCAUGAUGGACGAAGAACAAUCCGAAGCCAUUCGGGAGCGAUACUUGGAGUCGCCCCAACAUGAAACCUUGGUCCAACGUCUCAAGGGGAUGCACAAUCGCAAGUUCCAUGCCGUGUCGAUUGAGGAUUUGCUGCCCAAAACCAAGUAUGCUUCUGGGAUGGGCCACAACUUUAAGAUUCUGGGCAAACGUCGAGCCAUACUCAUCAUGCGAAAUCCCAGUACCUAUCUUCGAAUUGUGGUGGCCGUCUUCUUUGGCGUCGUGGUGGGAAGUUUGUUCUCCGUAUUGAAACAGGAUUUGGGAUCGAGCUUGGCCCGGACUGCCUAUAUGUUCCAAAUGCAAUUCUUGGUGCUGCUGUUAAGUACAGGUGUCACUGUGCCACAGAACAUCCGUGACAGAAUCACCUAUUUCAAGCAUAGGUCGUCGGAAUUCUACUCGAGUCGAGUUUUCUAUGUAUGCCAGAUCUUGUACGAGAUUCCCCUGAGUAUUGUGGAGGCCAUCUUGAUUUCCGUCACGUCCUAUUUUUGGGUGGACAUGAAUCCAAAGCCUGAAAGGUUCUUCUACUUUAUGGGGAUCAUGAUGGCAAUGGAAUGUGUUGGCCUUGCCCUUGGCAGGUUAUUCUGUUCCAUCUCUCGGACUCAAGUGGUUGCCAAAUCAGUUGUUUCAGUGGCAACUCUUCUGUUUUCGACAGUCUCAGGCUUCAUGCCCAAGUACGGGCAAAUACCCGCAAUCUUUAAGUGGAUUUCUUGGUUGUCGCCACCUGCCUAUGGGUUUGAAGCAUUGGCGAUCAAUGAGUACGUUGGUCGUGAGCUCAGUUUUGCCACGAUUUCUCGUGGUGAUGGUCUCGAUACCGAAGUUGGCACUCUCCCUGGAGAAUCGUGGCUUGAUACACUUCAGCUUCCUCGUGUUGCAUGGACUGACUAUCAGGGAAUCAAGAUAUUCAAUAUCAUCAUGCUGUUCAUCCUCGCCAUUGUCAUUGACAUUGUGGGUUUGGCCUUGAUGGAACGCGGCCGUCGCAAUUUCUUCAGCCAGAUUCGGAGACCUCAGCGAUUCAGCAAAUCCUUGAGUUUUGUAGCCGACAAGGGCAAAGGAGGCGUACCCGAACCAUUGACUUGGCCGUCGAGUCUCACUAUUUCUGAUCUUUGCUACUUUGUUCCAUUGAAACGGGAGUCGGCCCCGAUGCGUUGCAGUCCCCUUGCCAUCUUUGGGCCAUUGCUGUUGGGCAGGAAGAAAGGAAAAGCGGAUGUCGCCAAAACUAAGGAGAGAAAUGAAUUGCAGUUGCUUACGAGUGUGUCGGCAACGUUCAAGGCCGGAAGGGCUACUGCUCUGAUGGGGACAAGUGGAGCAGGAAAAACGACGUUGCUGGAUGUGAUUGCUGGUUACAAAACUGGAGGGAGGAUCACGGGUGACUUGCUUCUGAGCGGUCUUCCUAAAGACAGGCAGAUAUGGCAGCUUUUGAGCGGAUAUGCAGAACAGAACGAUCUUCUCAAUCCGUACUUGACGAUCCUGGAGACGCUGAAGUUCACUGCCAGUUGUAGGCUCCCAGCGUCGAUGAACAGGGCUGCGGUGAUCGACAAUGUGGUUCAUCUGAUGAGCCUUGAGGACUGGGUCGAUUAUGUCAUUGGCGACGAAAAAGAGGGCGAGGGCAUCCCCAAGCACGUUAGGAAGAGAGUGACGAUCGCCGUUCAAUUGGUGAUGCUGCCCAAAAUUCUAUUCCUGGAUGAACCGACAACUGGACUGGGAACUUCGGCCGCCAACCUGGUCAUGCGGGCCAUUCGUCGUUCCACUACAGAGAUGAAUCUGAUCACUGUGGCUACAAUCCACCAACCAUCAAAAGUAAUCUGGGAUUCCUUCGAUGAUCUGCUACUUCUAGCCAAAGGUGGCAAGGUUGCCUACAUGGGCCCCAUGGGCGCAAAGUCAGAAACAGUGGUCAGCUACUUCUCGCAAGUGUCAACGGCAAACAUUGCCGAGAACAGUAACCCUGCUGACUACGUCAUUUCUGCCGUAUCAAGCGUGACACCAGAUGAAGCACAAGAGUGCUUCAAGAAGUCUACGGAACACGAACAGCUCAUGGCAAAGCUGAAAGAAGAGAACAGCAUGAACGACCAAGAAAAGCAGGCAGCCAUGGACUUGAUGAAGAACACCAAAGCAGAAGUGGCGAAGCGAAAGAGCGGAAUACGAGAAUUGUUUAUUUUGACAAAACGGCAGUUGAUCACGCAGUGGAGAAACCCAGCCUAUGCCGUAACUCGAAUCUUCUGUUCGACCCUCUUGGCUAUCUACUUUGGUAUUCUUUUCGGUGCGGACAAGUCGACGAUCGAAGGAGCAGUGCUGACGAUUGGGUCUACGUUCUUCUUGGUGUUUGUCCUUGUUGUCCCUAUGCAAGCGGCUGUUGUUCCGCUGAUAGCUGAUCGAGCUGUGCUUUACAGAGAGGCGACGUCUGGGUUGUACUCAAGAUGGUCAUAUGCUAUUUCAUCCCUCCUUGCAGAUAUUCCAUUCCACAUUUUGAAUUGCUUGCUCAUGUUUCUCGGUUUCUAUUUUAUUGUUGGGUUUCAACUGACCGAUGAUCGGCCCGCCUACUUCAUACUCAUGAUCUUCUUGUGCAAUUGGGCGUUCACGUCCAUCGGUCAAGUUUAUGCCGUGACGACGCCAAACGAAGAGGCGGCAAACGGAUUGGCUGGCCUGACAACUAUUCUAUCGGUGCUCUUCAUGGGAUUUUUGAUCCAAUACGACAAGAUGCCGAAUUAUUGGAAAUGGGCCAACACGGCAGAUAUUUUGAGAUACGUGAUCCAGGGAUUGACAUCGAACGAACUUGGUGAUAACCACUACAAGCUUUUCCCUGACGAGCCACCGGCACCUGGCCGUGGCUCAAAUUCGAACUCGAACCUGAACAAUACGCUCUUUGGUGAUCUCGGCAACGUAACCAAUCUGUUCUUGUUCGAAGGCGGAACUGAUCUAGAUUCGGGAGGCGCUGCCAAUCAGGCCUCGACCUUCCUGAACCUCGUGGCGGAGAGCAAGCCCUCUCGAAAUGUCGACUGGAACAGCUCUUUGAUCGGUCAAUUGGGAAGUUUCAUUGACUGCGGCAUCCAGAAUGACUGUUUUGUGGAGCCCGUGGCAGUAAAUUUCAUGCCGUGCUUCGUUCUUGAUUUUCCUAGACCUGGCCCAUGUAGCAGUGAAUUCGAUGCCGUUGUGGAUGCCAUUGAAGAGGGCGGUGCAGGGGUUGCCCAGUGCCUGCUCAAUGACAAUUCAACUAGCAUUGAGACCAGCGAUGAGUUCAAUUCUCUCUCGGAUGCUAUUCAAGACAACACUCUGCUGUGCCUUUUGGACGUGGUGCUUCCAGCUGGAGUGCUUGAGGACACUCUUACAGAGAUUGGGUCGCUCAUAAAGACCGUGAGCGAUAUUGGUGUGGUUGUCCUCAACGUCGCGGAGAUUCUGGAAAAAGGGCUCCCAGGGGAAGUCAUUCUGUUCGUCUUUGGCUGGGCAGAGUUCCGUGACGGACAGCUCGUUGCCCCGUACAAGUGGUGGUAUUGUAUGUUCGCGGUGUCAAUGUUCAUUGUCGGUAUUGAGCUUGUCAAGUUGUUUGGGACGCGCUUCAUUAUUUGGACGAAGCGCUAGCUACAGUUGUAUGAGCCAUCAAUAAUAUAUAUAUAGUUUUCAAGUGAGUGCGUUGUGGUGUCUUUGGCCACAUCCAAAAGUCUUGUGAUUGGUGAAUGCGCUGAGGUAGUUGGCUGUUGUGCAUGCGGGCU